AUGGGCUGGGUAGGAGUGGUCACACUCAUUGCGACCGCCUGUUUCGUGCUUUACAAAUAUCCCCCAGCGUCUUGGACGCCGGAUUCCCCCCCGCCCCAGCCGAGAUCGACAUCCGACGAGCCAAAACCGCCUGUCAUCAGCGAUGAGACGAAGCAGCCAGAGUCACAGCCCGUAGAGGCUGAAGACACGAGCGCGGAGGAAUCCCAGUCGACGCCUAAAGCGUCCGCAUCGAGCACGCCGUCCCUCGAGGUCCCGACGUUCAGUCUCGACGCCGACCGCUCAUCCUCGAUCGCGCAACCCUCGCCCGACGAGAACCUCCCUCUCCCUCCCCAAGAAGAGCGACCUCAAAAUGGAUCGGCAAAGCCUGUCGCAAUCCCGACGGCACCGUCGCCCGAAGACUCGCUGAUGCCUCCGCCAACGGGGCCGCUGCCGCGCCGUCAGCCCAACGCCUCCAGUUCCUCGUUAAUGCCUCCCCCUCCGCCGCCGCGACUGCGCCCGAACAUGUCGCAGAAUCAGCAGCAGCCCCCGUCCCAACCGUCCCUGACUGCAGGCCGAGUCCCCCCGCGUCCCACCACUGGCUCCAACUCCCUCCGUCCGCCCCCCUCGGCCGCCUCCUCCAUGCGCGGCCCCCUUCCCAACCGCUCGCCAAACAGCCUCGCCCCGGCCAAACUCACCGCGAAGCCGUCCACCCCGGCCAAACGAGCCGUCCUCGAACCGGGCUACUCGCCGCUCGACUGGGCUGCCCUCACCUCCAACCCGAAGAACAACCUGCGCGGAGCCAACCUCCCGCCGCAUCUGAUCCGCGUGACGCCGUCGCAGCUCAAGGCGCAGAACGGUCGCAAGGGCACCGACGCCUGGACCUCCUACCAGGGCAAGGUCUACAACAUCACGCCGUACCUUCCGUUCCACCCCGGUGGGAGGGGCGAGUUGCUUCGCGGCGCCGGCAAGGACUCGGCGAAGCUGUUCUUCGAGAUCCAUCCGUGGGUGAACUGGGAUGCUAUUCUGGGGGAGUGUUUAGUUGGGAUCCUGGUCUCGGAGAACGACGAGGGGAGUGAGAAUAAGCUCGAUGCGAUGGAUUGA